AUGAUUAAACAACAGCAACCACAGCAACUUAAGGCACAGACCAUUACAUACGCCAUAUAUGCAUAUAAUUCAAAGACGGCAGAACAAACGCAAAGGUUGAAAUAUGGAGAUUUGGAGAUAGUAUUGAAAAAUGACCAUUUCGAAUUCGUUUGCAAGGGUGGUGCAGUGAUAUCAAAUAUAAAAGAAAUUUUAUUUAUGAAUUCAAAAAUUAAAGGAAUAACGGAUGAUAUAACAUCAAUUCCACCAGAAGAACAGAGAUAUUACGCAUUAAAUGCAUUUCCUAAAGUUUUGAAGAUUGGAAGAUUUAAUUUAAAUGAGGAAUUCAUAGAAGGUUUCCUAAAUGACAUAAUGAAGAAGGCAGAUAAGGAAUACGUGGAUAGUGAAUUAAUGAAGAAGGCAAAUUUGGUUUAUGUUAACGAUGAGUUAAAUAAGAAAGCGGAUAAGGAAUAUGUGGCUAGUAAGUUAGAGAAGAAGGCAGAUAAGGAAUAUGUGGAUGAAAAAGAUAAUGAAAUUAAAGAAAUGGUUGAAUGGUAUCAUGAACGGACAUCAAAGAUUUUAAAAACUAAAGCUGAUACAGGAUGGGUUUCAGGAUGUUUAGACCUUAAAGCAGAUAAGGAAUAUGUUAACGAUGAGUUAAAUAAGAAAGCGGAUAAGGAAUAUGUGGCUAGUAAGUUAGAGAAGAAGGCAGAUAAGGAAUACGUGGAUAGUGAAUUAAUGAAGAAGGCAAAUUUGGUUUAUGUUAACGAUGAGUUAAAUAAGAAAGCGGAUAAGGAAUAUGUGGCUAGUAAGUUAGAGAAGAAGGCAGAUAAGGAAUAUGUGGAUGAAAAAGAUAAUGAAAUUAAAGAAAUGGUUGAAUGGUAUCAUGAACGGACAUCAAAGAUUUUAAAAACUAAAGCUGAUACAGGAUGGGUUUCAGGAUGUUUAGACCUUAAAGCAGAUAAGGAAUAUGUUAACGAUGAGUUAAAUAAGAAAGCGGAUAAGGAAUAUGUGGCUAGUAAGUUAGAGAAGAAGGCAGAUAAGGAAUAUGUGGAUGAAAAAGAUAAUGAAAUUAAAGAAAUGGUUGAAUGGUAUCAUGAACGGACAUCAAAGAUUUUAAAAACUAAAGCUGAUACAGGAUGGGUUUCAGGAUGUUUAGACCUUAAAGCAGAUAAGGAAUAUGUUAACGAUGAGUUAAAUAAGAAAGCGGAUAAGGAAUAUGUGGCUAGUAAGUUAGAGAAGAAGGCAGAUAUAUCAUUUGUUAAUGAAGAAAUAAAACAAUCAGAGGUCUAUUUUACUCCACCAUUUUUAAAUUUUAUGAAAUCAUCAGAUAAAACCUUUGAUAUAGAUUCUUUUGAAUGGAUAUGUUUCGAUGGAGUGACCAUGUAUUUAUUUUAUACAGCUGGAGUGCUUUAUUAUUUUAAAACAAAUGAUUUUAAAAACUAUGAAUCAUUUACUCCAUCUGUUUUGAAUCCUGAUACACGAGAGCCAAUCAUUAAUCCAAUAAUUUUAUAUGUUGAAUAUAAUAACGGUAAAUUUAUGGGAAUGAUAACGGUUGGAGAUGAUUUUUACCCUUGUUAUUCAUUCGAUUGUAUCCAAUGGUUCAAAUGUAAUUUAAAUCAAGAUGCUAAAUUUAAAUAUCCAAAUAAUCCUAUUAGAUGUGUUAAUAAUAAAUGGGUACUAAUUUAUGAAGUCAAUCAAAUUUUCAUUAGUGAGGAUGGGAUAAAUUAUUAUAUGUUUAGUAUGAUGUCAUCAGAUUUGAAAAUUGAUUAUACGAGUAAGUGGUAUUACAUUAACAACAUGUAUUUUAUCCUACAAAAUGAUAAAAUUUAUAGAUCAUCUUCAAUAUCACAAGGUCAAUUUGAACGAAUUUUUCAAGCUGAUGGAGACAUUGAAGCUUUAUGUUAUGGAUCAAAUGUUUAUGUUCUCGUUUCAAGUAGAAUGGUCUAUUCAUAUCCUGUAAGUUAUAA